UCUAGGAAUCAUCAAAGAUUUAGGUUUCAUCAGGAUCAAAAUUAUAUUGUUUUUUUCCAAGUUUUAAUAUCAGAUAUUUUUAUUUUAUCAAUAAAAUCAAACAUAUCAACAAUCUUUUAAUUAUUAUUUGUUCAGUAUUAUGUAUUAUACAAUUUAUAAUUAAUAAUUUACAGUGUCUGCGUAAAAACGAUUCGAUCGUGAAUAAAUAACGUAAACAAUACGUAAAUGAUCCAUGUAGAUGUAAUUAUUAAAUUUAUAAUAAUAAACCCUAACGACCCUGGCGCACGUGUAACAAUCGAGAAGAUAGACGCCUGUAAUCCGACCGAUGAGGCGAUGAGUCGAUAAGGUGGAAUGCGCGUGACGUCAUGGGACGACACUCGCAUCCUCGCCUGUCCUCGUCUGUCCUCGUCGCGGAACGACCUGGUUCGCGUCUCCGUUAAAUUUGCGAUAUACAUAUACAUAUAGCGCACACCUCCGUCACCACGUCGAACGCUUCGUGUUCUGUGUGCGCUCGCGUUACGUGUUACGUUUUCCCGCUCGCGAAUGCAUCGUCACUGAGCUGAUCCAGCAGACGCCCGGAGCGUACCAGCUUUCGCCACGCGUCCCAGAAUUACGUCGUGACGCGCGUUGACGACACGUCGAAAAUGGCAGCUUCUGCACCCAGCAAGUUCGAUAUCGAGGAGAUCUUCAAGAGGCUACGGGCCGUCCCAACGAACAAGUCAUGUUUCGAUUGCAAUGCGAAGAAUCCGGCAUGGGCCAGUGUAACAUAUGGCGUCUUUUUGUGUAUCGACUGCUCAGCGGUGCAUCGCAGUCUAGGGGUGCAUCUCACCUUUGUCAGGUCCACCCAACUUGACACAAACUGGACAUGGCUGCAGCUGAGAAACAUGCAGCUGGGUGGUAAUGCCAAUGCUAGAAAAUUCUUCACGCAACACAAUUGCACCACGACCGACGCCCAGCAAAAAUACAAUUCGCGUGCGGCCAUGCUGUACAGAGAGAAGUUGGGCCAGGCAUCCGCACAAGCAAUGCGUCGUUAUGGCACGAAGGUUUCCCUUUCUACAUCAAAAAAUAAAACGAUGCUGCAUUUAGAGGAAGGCACAGAUGUUGUAUCGGAAGAAACAAAUGAACCAGAUUUCUUCAAGCAGCAUGAGACAUUAGAUUCGUUUCAGAAUGAAAUGAUAAUUCCGACAGAAGAAAAGGCAUUCCUCACAAUGCCAAGCAGUAACAGUAUGGAGAAAGAUGCACCGGAAAUUACCUCUAAUUCCAUGGGACCUUCCAUAAAGCUUUUCGAUUCUACCUCAAACAAUCUGCAAUCUGACAGAAAACCUACUAUAGGCUGCCGAACAGCUCAAUCCAAACGUCCUGGUGGACUGGGCAAAAAAACUGGAGGUUUAGGUGCUCAGAGAGUCAAAACCAAUUUCGAUGAAUUGGAGAAGAGCGUCGCGGAGGCACAUAAAGUGGCGCUGGAAAAAAAUAAGGAAGUGACGAAGGAGGAGCAAGAGGAACUCGCUACCCGUCUAGCCCAGCGGUAUGAACAAAAUUUGAGUCAGCAGGCCAAAAAAGUGGAGGAGAGAACAAAGUAUAUGGAUCCGUUAAAAGCUACACAAGCGGAGCGUCUUGGGAUGGGAUUUAAUGCACGAAGUGGCGCAACUCACUCUGCACUUGGCGACAUGAAGACAAUAACGCAGGAGUCGAAGGUCAUAACAUCAACGGAGAUGUUGUCGGGAGAGACGGACACUUUUUUUAGCUUAGAUGAAUUUUACUCGGUUUACGCCAACAGCAAGCCGUCUUCUCGUAGCGACGAAAUUGUGGUCGUGGCAGAACCGGAACCACCUAAGCGAUUAGCUCCUUCCACUCGAAACGCAAUCACCAAGAGCGACACGAAAGUUUCGUCCACAUUUGAAGGAGAGGCUCAGAAGAAGUUCGGUAGCGCUAAGGCUAUCAGUUCGGAGCAAUACUUUCAAGACAGUACUUCCGACAAUGCGUGGGAACGUAAGAAUAAUUUACGCCGUUUCGAGGGCUCGUCCAGCAUCUCGUCGGCCGAUUAUUUUGGUACCGAAAGCUCGUCGCCAACCUCACCUACAUCCUCGUUAUCCAUGCGUCUGACUGCGGGAAGAGCUGGCGUCGUGGAUCUGGACGACGUCCGGGAAAGCGUGCGCCAAGGCGUGAACAAGGUUGCCGGAAGGCUCAGUUCGCUCGCGAACGCGGCGGUCUCCUCUAUACAGGAUCGUUAUGGACUUUAAAUGAAAAUCUAUCUCGCAUUUUAUGAGAACUGUUAAUAUUUAUCCGGACUGGGUCUUGUCCAUUGUUCAGAGUUGUAAAUAAAAGCUUCUAAUUGA